CAACACCACCACUCCCACCGCUCUGUACCUUCCGGCUCUGGGUCAUACUUUUCCUCGAAACAAAAUGUUCCCGGCUCAUCUUCUUCCGCCCACCCGCCACCACCAUCACAGCAGCAACAACAACCACCGGCAACGCAAAUAGCCAAUGUUGUCCUCGCCCAAAACGUCGACCAUGCCCCGCGCGCCGUACAAAUCCAAGCCCUCGAACUCCUGCGCGCGCGCCGCCUCUUCACUCGAACGAGCGUCCAGACCGCUCCGAAGCAGUUCCUCUUCGUGGCCGUAGUCGGCGCAGAAAGCGGCGGACAGGCGCGAGUCACUCACCACCUGAACGACUUCCUCUACCUUGCGCACUGGCACGAUCCGGAAGAUGGUUUCGCCUACCUCGAGGAACAAGCGGAAGAAGGAUGGGCCGGUACAGGUGGCUUCGGCGGGCAUCUGGGAAAAUUGGGUGUUGCGAACAACAACAACAACAACAACAACAACAACAACAACAACAACAACAACAACAACAACAACAACGACGACGACGACGAUGGCGACGACAGCCCUUAUGCCAAGGCCGAUGAUGACCAAGUCUCGACCGACUCGGGAAGCAGCGUUGUCAAGAGGGGCGUGGGAAGCAUGGCAAACAGUGGUUUAAUCAACGAAUCCUAUCACUCUGCCCUUAGCGGACCUGGUCUCGGUCCAGGUCGCUUGGGAGCUGGAGUGUCCCUCUCCCCCCAACUCACCUUCCACAGCAACGAUCCCACAGCCGUCGGUCCAACCGAAGGUCUCGAACCGCCACUUCUCUCCGAUUCCGAAAUCGCCCACCUCGCCCAACUCUCACUCAAUGUAUGCGUGGACAUCGACGUCCGCCGCUACCAAAUGAACAUUGUCGCCUUUUUGCGCAUGCACCGGGCUGUUAGCGGUGGCAUCACGCCCCAGGCGACCAAGCAUUUCGAACAGCUUAUGAGGAGCUUGGCGCCGCUGCACGGGUUGGAUUUCGUCACGCCGGCGCUGGUUGGGUUGGCGGCUAAGAAGGUCUACCUGCACCGCAUCGAGAUAGUGGCAUCCCCCGAGGGGG